AUGGUGAUCGUGGACCGACUAACAAAGAUUCGACACCUUCUACCCUGCAAUACAACCGUUAACGCCGAAGAUGUCGCUCAACUAUACCUGCGAAACGUCUGGAAACUCCAUGGUCUCCCCACACAUAUCACCUCGGACCGUGGCACACAGUUCACUGCCAAAUUCUGGAAAGAGUUUUGUAAACAUCUCAGUAUCGAAGCAAGAAUGUCCACCGCCUUCCACCCGGAAACCGACGGCCAAACCGAAAGGCUCAACGCUGUAAUGGAGCAAUAUCUACGAGGAUACGUGUCCUAUCAACAGGAUGACUGGGUCAAAUGGCUCGCUAUGGCCGAAUUCUCUGCUAACAACCAGGUCUCCGCCUCCACAAAAGCAACACCCUUCUUCGCAAACUUCGGCUUCCACCCCCGGUUCACAAUGACGCUCAAACCUUCCGACAAGACGCCACCCAGCCUUGAUGCCAAAGACUUCGCCGGAAAGAUGAUGGAGCUCCAUGAAUACCUACGCACCAACAUCUGA